GCCUCCUCCUCUUCAGCAAAUCCUCGGCAUGACGGCGGCGUUCAUCGGGUCGGGCGUCGUCAGCGCUCGGUGCGCGCGGCGGUACCUGGUGUGCCCUCGCCCGCGGCGACACUUGCGAGCGCGAGCGCGGCGGCCCCGCGUGUGCAUGCAGGGGCCGAACAAGGACAAGGAGGCGCGGGUGGACGUGUGGCUGCGGCAGGUGCGCGAGUCGUACGAGGCGCUGCCGCGGCAGCAGCAGUUCUACGUGCAGUGCGUGUACCUGGCCUUCGUGAUUUCCGGCUUCGUGUCCGUCGGCGCCACCAUGGUGCGCAUUUACGCCGCGCUGCACUUGGCGUCCGAGUUUGGGGCGUGAGCGAGGGCGGGCGAGGGCGGGCGAGGGCGGGCGAGGGCGGGAAGACGGAGUCGCCUUUUGGAAACGCGCGCGUUGCCGCCGAUGGUUGGAGAGCCUGUAAAGCAAUGCGAUAGCCGCGGCUAUCAGGGUUAUUUGCAUAGGGUUAUUUGCAUAGCGCGUUCGGGAUCGGGAUGUCGGUUGGGUGAAUUUACAGUUAGAGUAGUUUACAGUGCGUCGUGGGACAUGCUGUUGUUACAGUAUUAAACUUAUGUCUUGCUACUGCGGACACGAUUCAAAGCAACCCUUUGAGGUCCAUCCGCGAUGCAGUCUACAUACAACGCCGACAACCAACCUUGGGUCCAGCACGGUAUGUCCCCGCUGGCACAAAAGUCUUGCCUUAUCCUUGUUUGCCAAACCCUUCACACAGAAGCCCUGUCCUUUCCCAAUCCCCGCUGCCCCUCCCCGCUGCCCCUCGCCGUCCCCUCCCCUCCCCCCCUCUCCCGCACCCACGCUCGCACCAUGGCCGCCGCCGAGAGCACCGUAUGGACAUGGGGUCGCGCGAAGAACUACCGUCUCGGCCGCGCCUUCGUUGGCACGGACGCGCGCGUCCCGGAGAAGGUCUCUGGCUUCGAGGGCGUGGCCGUGAAGCAGGCAGCGUGCGGCGGCGGGCACACGGCCGUCGUGCUCGCCGACAACCGUCUGUUCGUCUUUGGCUACUCGCAGUACGGCCAGCUGGGGCUGGGCGAUCGCACGGAUAUGAGCGACCCGACGCAGGUCUUCCUCAUCGCGCCCGCGCAGACCGCCGCGCCGCCGCUGCACAGGGGCGCGGACAGGGCGCAUGCGGCCGAGGGCCAGAGGAGGAUCGAGCAGAACAACGCCGAGUCACUCCCGGUGGCGGACGUGUACUGCGGACGCUACCAUACGAUCGCGAGGACCACUACCGGGCUCGUGUUCACGUGGGGCGGCGGCAAAAACGGAAGGCUCGGCCAUGGCGACGAGAAGAUUCGCGCGCAGCCGACGUGUGUGGAGAGGUUGAUGCGCCACGAGGCCGUGGCGGUCACGGCGGGGUAUCAUAAUAAUUUGGUGCUGACGGCGGACGGCGACGUUUGGUCGUGGGGAUGGGGGGCGCACGGGCAGCUGGGAUUGGGCGAUACGAAGGAUAGGGACGUGCCGACCGUGAUUACGGAGCUGUCGCAGGAAGGAGUUUCGUCGCUGUCGUGUGGGGAUCGGCAUUCGUUUGCGAUUACCAAGGAUGGGCGCGUGUUCGGGUGGGGCUCCAACGAGUUUGGGCAGCUCGGGUGCGGAAAGAAGGGGGACACCGUGUUGAGACCGCGGCUGAUAGAGGGGUUGGAGGGGCUGAUGGUGGUGGGGAUUUCGAGCGGCGACCGGCACUCGGCGGCCGUCACCAACAUGGGCGCGGUGUACACGUGGGGCUGCGGGUCGGACGGGCAGUGCGGGCACUGCGUGUUCAGGGACGUGGUGCGGCCGAAGCUGGUGGAGCACCUGGUCGGCAAGUCUGUGGUGGACGUCAAGUGCGGGCACAACUUCACCAUGGUGAUGACGUCCGGGAACGAGGUGUACGCGUGGGGGAACAACACGUACGGGCAGCUAGGAAACAACGGCAACGGCAAGAGCGAGAUGCCGGUCAAGGUGAUUGUCAACUCGGGGUCGCGCGUGGCGCGCGUGUCGUGCGCCCACUUCCACUGCAUCAUGUGGAUGGAGGCGGGCGAGUCCGGGCCGACGACGCCCAAGUCGGCGAGACGCGUGGGGGGCCGGUAUGGCGAGCGGGAUGAGGGGAGGAAGCAUAUGGAGGAGGCCAGGGAGAGGCUGGCGCAGAUGCUUGCGAGUUACGCGGAGAAGAGGAGGCUGUGUCGAGUGGCGGUGGAGGCGAAACGCCGAGAAGGGCGGGAUGCCGGUACGACGGAAUUGGCGUGAAGUAGCCUUGGAGGCUAUCAAGUGUUGUGCACAGUAAUGUAGCGGAUCCAUGAUCCGAUUUUCGCGCGUAAUGGCCAUCGCGAGACACUCCUCCUCUUCCGCUCCCUCAGCUUACAGACCCUACCCCGCCCUG